GUUUGUUUUGUUAUUUUCUACUUGUGACGUGUGUUUAUAUACAAAUUUUCAACAUAAAAAAUUCGAAAUUUAUGAUGAAAUUAUAAUACUUGAAAAAAGAAUAGUGUUUAUAAUAAAUAAAAUAAAAAUCUUAUAUUAUGGAACAAUUGCACACCGCACUGACAGCAAUAAAAGUAUUGCGAUCAAGUGUCGGACAAGUUUUUGAUUGCCUUGGUAAUGGACUGAGAGCUGAUCAUGGAGAAGAGAAUAAAGAGGCUAAAUAUGUACAAGAGCUCCAGGAGCUUUUGACUGCGGUCAACGUUAAUUUGCGAGAUGUUGAACAAGCAGUAAGUACUCUAAAUCCACCACCAGGACCAUUUAAUUUAGCAAGUACCACAUUCUUGAGUCAAGAAACGACACAAGGUAGACAAGCAUUGUAUGGAACUCUGGUUAACAGUUACAAAUGGACAGAUAGGAUUCAUGAGUACAGUCAUAUCGCGCAAUCACUGUUGGGUACUAAUUCCCUCAAAAGAUCUUACAUAAGUACCAGCAGGGCCAAGAGAGGACGAAUGCAAAUUAGUUCUCACAAUGUGCCGCCUCAACAAGUUGACGCGCUAAUAGCAGCUUUAGAUCGCGUGCACAGUGAGAUGACUGUAACUGUAACUCGGCCUUACGCGUCAAAUGCUAUUUUACAUGUCACCCUGGGCCAGGUCCUGAAAGGCGCAAUAGCAUUUAAAGGUCUGAUGAUCGAGUGGGUGAUCGUAAAAGGAUACGGCGAGCCAAUGGAUCUCUGGACGGAAUCCAGGUACAAAGUUUUCAAAAAACUUACUGAAAAUGCACAUGCUGCUAUGCUGCAUUUUCACUCGCCAGCACUUCCUGAGCUUUCUGUUAGAUCUUUUAUGACCUGGUUCGGAAGUUUAAAUAAUUUAUUCAGCGAUCCUUGCAAAAGGUGCGGAUUACACUUACAUAAUGCGUUACCACCCACGUGGAGAGAUUUUAGGACUCUUGAGCCGUAUCAUCAAGAAUGUAAACCUUGAAAUUUUAUAAUUAAUUCUAUAAGUAAUUAAUUAUUGUAUAAAUUGAUAAGAUAAUUUGUAUGAAGGUAAUAAAUGAAAUUUUUUAAUAAUUAAA